AUGGGUCGACAACGCCCUCGAUUGAGGAACGGAACCGACCUGCAGCUCCAGUCGGCAUUUCAAGACGGAAACUGGCCCGUCGUCAUCCGCCUGGCCGAGAAGCGCGCUCGCACGUUCAACGACCAGUAUUUCGAGAUUGUCAAGACGUGUGCCGAGAGCCAGCUCGAUGACCCCGUUGCCAAGUUUGCCGCCGCGAGCGCGGUGAGGCAGUUCGUCAAGGACGGCACCGUCGUCAAGGAUGUAGAUGCCAUCGACCUGCUCGAGUGGGCGACCCUUGGCCUCAUUGAUGAGGAUGAGUUCCCGGCAAGUUUGGGUCCGCUCCGAGUCCGCUGUGUCAAGUCCUCGCCCAAGGAUAAGAUCGCCGUCACCCGCUGUCUGGAGUCCUGCCUGCUGCACUGGGAUCUUGUCAGCGCCCAGCAGAUUGCCGCCAUCAUCGACCGAUCUUUCCCCAACGAGAGAUCCUUUCUUUUCUGGAACAUUGUCAUUACGCAUCUGCUGGCGAUGAGCCCCCAGUCGCCGACGGAGAAGAAGAAGCUGUACGGCACGCUUGCUCAGAAGCAGAUCGAGAGGGCGGCGCAGCUCGCCGAGCAGGCACGGGCCGUCGCGGCCGACGACGGGCCGCCUCCGCCCCCCGGCCGGGCUGUGCACACGGAGGAGGAGAUUCUACUCUUGUACCAUGUUGUUGAGACGCACGGCACGACGGCGGAUGUUGACAAGCUGCUCGCCAGCCCCAUAUUCAGCCCCAUGUCGCAGUUUCGCCUCGGUCGCAAGGAGCUUCUCGUACGUGUCCUGGCGAUGCACCGGGCAAAGGGAGACUGGCACGCCAUUUUUCGUCUCUGCAACGACUGCUUGUCCGAUGCCGACGAGAACGACGAACCGACGCUGCUCGCCUCCGACUGGCUUGUCUGGCGUCAUUUUCUGGCCGCCGCAACACAUUUGAAGAGCGUCGAGGCUGACACGCAGGAUGUUGUCGAGAAGCUUCUUUUGCGGCUUGGAAGGUCAAAGAACCUGCGGCCGUUGCAUAGGCGGAAUUUGAUGUUGGCAAAAGUGUCGCUCGCCUUCCAUCUCGGCCCUGGUGAGGCCGAUCUGACGGACGGGCACCCCUCGUCCGUGCGGAUGCGUGAGUUGAUCAACUACAUUGAUGAUCAAAAAACGAGCUCAUCGUGCUUCGGUGAUGUAAAGGGCUUUGUCGAGAAGCUCGACGCAUCGGCCAUCAGGCACCUUGGCUACGUUCAUGUCCCGCGACUCGCCGACACAUUCGGCGAUGCUCUUGGCGCUGCGAGAUUGCGACUUCUUUCGCUGAAGCUGCAGUAUUUGGCAUCCACCUGUCACUCGAGCUUCGAAACGGUGCCCGGCGAGAGGCCGAGGUCAAGGUGUACCGUCUGCAACACGCAGUUCGACGCGGCACUUUGCGCCUCCUGCUUGUCUCGUGUUGCCCACGACGCCCUCACGCUGUACAAGUCCAUGAGCAAGGAAUUUGUCGGCACGCCGAAAGUGGAUGAAGAGAUCGCGUCUGGGUUGGCCAUGGUCGUCGCAUUCUGCCACAUCAGGCUGGCUUUCAACAUUGGACGGCAUGGAUACGCGCCACCAUCUCCGCCGUCGACCCAGCACCUGAUUCGAGCCCUUUUCAUGCUCGAGCACCACCUCCACCUCAGCCCGAAGCACAGCCAGAUCUCGCUCGUGCUCGUUCAGCUGCACCUGUUCCUAGGCUCGGCGCACAGGUCCCGUGAGAUCUGGGACGAGCUCGCGGUCAAGCGGACGAUUGUCGACUCUCUGGCACCCAUAUUUUACGACCGAUUGUCGACCAUUUCUCCCACCGUCAUCUCUCCGCUGGAUGACUGGGGCUGGCACCUGACGGACACGGUCAAGUCCCACUACAGCGUGUCUCUGAAGCUACGGAUGCCGAGGCGACUGAUUGACGCGUUCGAGGCCGGAAGCUACGCUAGCAUCAUCGACAUGCCGACGUACAUGGAGGAUUUGAGGUGGAGCUGCACCAGAGCCAUGAGUCUGGUCGAGGAGUCGAGGGCAGGGAGGCUCGUCGGCCAGCCCGACGGUGAGCUGCUUCAGGAUGCUCGGUUCUUGGACAUGGCCGGCGGACGCGAGCUCAAGGCGGUCAUUGACUACGGCUCAUUCGCAUCGUGGGAUUACGGAUGCGAUUCGCCCACGCAUGCCCGGCUCCAGAUUGGCCCGGCCCCUUCGAAUACGCGAUUGCAGCUGUCGCUGCUGUCCGAGGCGUUUCAUGACAUUCUCGACAGCAAGCCGGCGACGGCGAAUAAAAGUUCUGGGUCGGCGACGGGCGCCGACGACGCGUUUGUCCUCGAGAUGAUGGCGCGGCUUGGCCACUCGUUUCCCAAACUGCUCAGCGACGUCUCGUCCGUGUGCACGACCGCCGAGGUGCUGUACUUUGAGGUCGUCAGCUUGCUCUGCACACUGCUCCCUCUCGGCAGUGGCAUCCCCCGGACGAGCGCGCUGCCGGCCGUGUUCGGCCAAUUGAUCGACUCGGUGCGGACGGGUUUGGAAAGUCUUCAGGCCGCUGCGGCGAUGAACCGAGGUGACUCUGUUGAGGCAUCGGUCCUGACGUUGGGGUCCAUGCACGACAUCGCCAUGCUGCGAGAUGCGGCCUUUGCAAUCGUUCUAGCCACUCGAUGGACCUUGGACCUGAACGAGCGAGAGAAGGAACGGGAUCGAUCGGGCGGCAGUAACCUGCACAAGGAGGUGGUGUCGCAGCUGAAGAGCUUGCAGACAGCUGCCAAGACGGCGCUGACGGGGGGCAAGGGGGCUGUCGACGGUUUGAAGAACGGCGUCGUUUCGAGCGCGGGCUUCGCGUCAGCGCUGAAAACGUGGACUUUCGAAGACGACGGCGAUCUCACGGACUUGAUUGAGGAGGGCACUGUUGUGGAACUCGUCCGGAGCUGGCGCUUGAAUAUUACGGGUUGGCAGCAGGUAGCAUGGGAGUAG